UUGGGCCUCAGUGUCCCCGAAGAUCAUGAUGGCAUAUAUGAACCCGGGGCCCCACUAUUCUGUCAACGCCUUGGCCCUAAGUGGCCCCAGUGUGGAUCUGAUGCACCAGGCUGUGCCCUACCCAAGCGCUCCCAGGAAGCAGCGGCGGGAGCGCACCACCUUCACCCGGAGCCAACUGGAGGAGCUGGAGACACUGUUUGCCAAGACCCAGUACCCAGACGUCUAUGCCCGCGAGGAGGUGGCUCUGAAGAUCAAUCUGCCUGAGUCCAGGGUUCAGGUGUGGUUCAAGAACCGGAGGGCUAAAUGCAGGCAGCAGCGACAGCAGCAGAAACAGCAGCAGCAGCCCCCAGGGGGCCAGGCCAAGGCCCGGCCUGCCAAGAGGAAGGCGGGCACGUCCCCAAGACCCUCCACAGAUGUGUGUUCAGACCCUCUGGGCAUCUCAGAUUCCUACAGUCCCCCUCUGCCCGGCCCCUCAGGCUCCCCAACCACGGCAGUGGCCACUGUGUCCAUCUGGAGCCCAGCCUCAGAGUCCCCUUUGCCUGAGGCGCAGCGGGCUGGGCUGGUGGCCUCAGGGCCGUCUCUGACCUCCGCCCCCUAUGCCAUGACCUACGCCCCGGCCUCCGCUUUCUGCUCUUCCCCCUCUGCCUAUGGGUCUCCGAGCUCCUAUUUCAGCGGCCUAGACCCCUACCUUUCUCCCAUGGUGCCCCAGCUAGGGGGCCCAGCUCUUAGCCCCCUCUCUGGCCCCUCCGUGGGACCUUCCCUGGCCCAGUCCCCCACCUCCCUAUCAGGCCAGAGCUAUGGCGCCUACAGCCCCGUGGAUAGCUUGGAAUUCAAGGACCCCACGGGCACCUGGAAAUUCACCUACAAUCCCAUGGACCCUCUGGACUACAAGGAUCAGAGUGCCUGGAAGUUUCAGAUCUUGUAGAGGACGCAGUCUCC